CAAAUAAGGACAGAACACAAUAGGGGCCCCCUCCCUUCCUCUGCCUCUUUUUAUUUUUUUCUUUUCCUGCUUCCAAAUGCUUUCUUCUAGGCUGAAGCUGGGCAGGUCUCCAAAGGUGCAGCAGCCACAACCACCCCGCAGUUCAAAGUUAAGCAGCGAGUUGCACAACUUCCAGCCACUCUCAGCCUGCUGCUAAUGAGCUGAAAGCCGGGAACCUCCGAGGAGCGGAGGAAGCUUCCAGCCCUCCACCCUGCACCCUGCACCCUGCACCCCGCCCCGCAGAAAUCCGCACACCCCUACCCCCCACCCUCAGAUAACUUGGGGGUCAGGCCCUUGCUGUUCACUUGCCUGGCGACCAUGGCUCCCUUUGGAAGAAACCUGCUCAAGACUCGGCAUAAAAACAGAGCUCCAGCUAAAGACAUGGAUUCAGAAGAGAAGGAAAUUGUGGUUUGGGUUUGCCAAGAAGAGAAGAUUGUCUGUGGUUUAACUAAACGUACCACCUCGGCUGAUGUCAUCCAGGCUUUGCUUGAGGAACACGAGACUACAUUUGGAGAGAAACGAUUUCUUCUGGGGAAGCCCAGUGAUUACUGCAUCAUAGAAAAGUGGAGGGGCUCAGAACGGGUUCUUCCUCCGCUAACUAGAAUCCUGAAGCUUUGGAAAGCGUGGGGGGAUGAGCAGCCCAAUAUGCAAUUUGUUUUGGUUAAAUCGGAUGCUUUUCUACCAGUUCCCUUGUGGAGGACAGCUGAAGCCAAAUUAGUACAAAACACAGAAAAAGUGUGGGAGCUCAGCCCAGCAAAUUACAUGAAGACAUUACCACCAGAUAAGCAAAAAAGAAUAGUCAGAAAAACUUUCCGGAAACUGGCUAAAAUUAAGCAGGACACGGUUUCCCAUGAUCGAGAUAGUAUGGAGACCUUAGUUCAUCUGAUUAUUUCCCAGGACCAUACUAUUCAUCAGCAAGUCAAGAGAAUGAAAGAGCUGGACCUGGAAAUUGAAAAGUGCGAAGCCAAGUUCCACCUUGAUAGGGUAGAAAACAAUGGAGAAAAUUAUGUUCAGGAUGCAUAUUUGAUGCCCAGUUUCAGUGAAGCUGAGCAGAAGCUAGACUCGCAGUAUGAUGAAAACCAGGUUCUGGAGGACCUGAGUAAAAGCGAUGGAGUCCUGCAGCUGGAGGAACAACUGAUCUAUUACAGAAUGCUCAUUGAUAAGCUCUCUGCUGAAAUAGAAAAAGAGGUAAAAAGUGUCUGCACUGAGAUACAUGAGGAGGCAGAAAGAGCAGCUGCAAGUGAACUUGAAAGCCUAAAUUUAGAAAGUGUUAAGUGUGAUUUGGAGAGAAGCAUGAAAGCUGGUUUGAAAAUCCAUUCUCACUUGAGUGGCAUCCAGAAAGAGAUUAAAUACAGUGACUCAUUGCUUCAGAUGAAAGCAAAAGAGUAUGAGCUCCUGGCCAAGGAGUUCAGUGCACUUCAUAUGAGCAACAAAGAUGGAUGCCAGGUAAAGGAAAACAGAGGCAAGGAAUCCGAGGUCCCCAGCAGUGGUGGGGGGGCUCCUCCUUCUACUCAAAGACUAUUUAACGUGUACACAAAUGACACAGACUCGGACACUGGCAUCAGCUCCAACCACAGUCAGGACUCAGAAACAGCCCUAGGAGACGUGGUGCUGUGGUCAACAUAAUUGGAAUGGCUUAUUUCUGACCUACUUUGGUGUUGUUCAUGCUUGUUUAAUUUAAUAGGGGACUUUAUUUUAAAUAUUACAUUCUGAAAAGAAAUGUAAAUCAUGUUAAAAUAUUCAGUAGUUAAUAAAAGCUAGAGAAAUGUGCAAGUUUGUUUUUGA